AAGAAUCAUCUCUACUUUUCCUAUGUUGCCAAGUACACUUUGUUGGCCAGCCGAUUUCUGUUAGCAUUACCUUUCCUAUAUCAUGAAUUGCCGAGUGGCUGAAUAGAGGGUGAAGUUCCAGGUGUUCUGGCUUGGAUCAGAAUGGCUUAUCAUGCAAUGGAUUCAAGAAUAACUAGCGUGAGAUUGAGCAUUUUUGUGUUGUGCAUCUCCAUUUCUGCCACGACCCUCAUAACUCUAUGUGAGGCAAGAAGGAAUGCACAAUCAAUGAUAUUCCAAGACCCCAAACUCCUUAAAGCCCUAAGCCCCGGUUUGAUGAGGAAGCUACAAGUACACAGCCACAUGGACCUUGAUGCUCCAUCGGAUUUCUCAGAUGCUGAACUAUAUGCCAUAGGCUCUCCUUUCUCUCUACCACCUCUUGAAUCAUUAGCACCAGUCCCCAUGCCUGAUAAUACUCCUCCAUUCUGUGUAAAUGCACCCCUCACCCCACAACAACCUUCUUCAGCCAUACCAUCUCCCAUAAGAUAUGCACCACCACCCCCUCCACCACCCUCAAAACCCAAUAUUCCCAUUCCAAGCCCACCCUCUAACACACCUAGCCCACCCACGUAUUCCCCAGUCCCUAAUCCACCAGAAAAUGAGCCUAGCCCACCUGGUUGCUCCCCUAAUCCACCAGAAAAUGGGCCUAGCCCACCAAAGCUUCUUCCAAGCCCACCAAUAUACCUACCUCCUCUAGUUUUCCCACCACCAUCAGUACCACCCCCUCCCCAUAAGAAGUCACAGCUUCCUGUCUGGUGUGUGGCAAAGCCAUCAGUGCCAGAUCCCAUAAUCCAAGAAGCCAUGGACUAUGCCUGCGGGUCUGGCGCAGACUGCAAGUCAAUCCAACCCAAGGGGUCAUGCUACCAACCUGACACUAUGUUGGCCCAUGCUUCAUAUGCUUUCAACAGCUACUGGCAAAAAACAAAGAUUGGUGGAGGCACUUGUGAUUUUGGAGGGACUGCCAUGCUUGUCAGAGUGGAUCCAAGUUUUGAGGACUGCCAAUUCAUCUACAAUUGAUAGCGGACGAGUGGGGACAAGACUUGAUUUUGGAGACUAAUAGAAAAAUCUUUGUUCCUAUCUUUCGAAAGAUACAUAGUGUGCAACUAGGCUAUUUCAAUUGAUUAGAUGCGUUCCAUGUUUAAGAUUAGGACUUUGGUAAUUGAGCUGUUGCAGUAUUACUAUCUCCUUAUUCUCCCCCUUAUUAAGUGGACUACACCCUUUCCAUAUCUCUUUUGAGAUCUUUGCACACCAAAGUAAACACUCAAAAUUCUA